CUGGUGGUGGUGAUGAUGAGGUGAAUAGCAAUGCUCAGCUCCUGAUGAACACAGACUGAAAGACACCUACAGUAGGAGCUUAAAGCAAUGAGGACUGCAGAUGGGAAUGCGGUGUAAGUACAAACGCGUCUUUACCAUUGAGGAGGCUGACUGACUUUUCACUAAAGAAAUGUUACUACAAGUGGACCUAUUUAUUUACUCAUCAUGCUGUAAGUACACCACAGUUUUGUCAGUGAAAAUAUAAUAUUUGAGUUUUCUCACUGCUUGGCGUAGACAAAUGUGACCAUGUGUAAUUUGGAAAAUACAUGGAAAAAGUGUAUGUCAUAAUGUUUAAAUGUUGUUUGAAUUAAGGGACAGUACACUGAUUUUGUUUUAAAAUAUUCCUGUUUGGACAGUCUAUUAAAGUCAUAAAAGAAUACUUGAUUUAUUUCAUAAGGACUGUGUAAAUCUAAUAUUAGUUUUAAUGUGAAUUUGGACUGAACAGCUCACUUUUGUUUUAUGUCUAAAACAAUGUUUGUAAAAUAAAUGAUUGUUCACUAAACUGUAAUAAUUUCACCCUUUUCUGUCAUUAUUUUUGAUACUAAUGUUGUCUGAUCUUAUGUAACUUAAUUCAUUUGAGUUAAAUCAACUCAAACCAUUUAAGGCAAUCGGUUUCCUCAAACCAUUUGAGUAGCUAUAUAGUUGUAUGAACUAAAUAAAAUGUAUUAAGUGAACUAAAACCAUUUGAGUGCAAGCUUAAUACCUUUUGAGUAAAGGUAACUCAAACAUUUUUUGUCAUAUGCACUUAUAAUUUACUGUUUACAGUACUUAUCAUGUAUGACUGAGUCUUAAAACUUAAAUGGUUUAAGGCAAUCGGUUUCCUCAAACGGUUUAAGUUGAGUUAACUUAUUGGGUUUUACAUUGUAUGGGGCAAGUAGACAUUGUAAUGUUAAUAUUAAUAUUGUCUAUAUCUCUUUUUCUUUUAAAAAUGUAUCUUAUGUGUUACACAUACAUACAUACAUACAUACAUACAUAUAUGUGUAACACAUAAGAUUCAUUUUUAAAAGAAAAAAGAUAUAGACAAUAUUAAUACUAACAUAAAAAUUUUAGUUGUGUAUAAAUAUAUAAUUUAGCAAUAUAUAUAUUUCAUUACCUUAUACAUUAAAUAAUUAAUACAUGUUAAUUUAUAAAUAAAUAAAUUUCUCUUGAAUGCAUGUGCAUGCUUCAUUGUUUUAUCAUAUGGUUUACUACUGAAAAUAACCAGCUUGCUACACCAGCUAAAGCCAGGCUGGGAGACCAGCUGAAACCAGCUCACCAGCUUAAGCUGGUUUUAGUUGGUCUCCCAGUGAUUUGCGCACAAUGAGGGAAUCGCUGCCAAUUACGAGUACCGAAGAAGAAAUCAGCCAAUCGCAAAGAGGCUUGGACUCCAUAGCAAUGGAGGCGGAGGAUUCUGGGCAAUGCAGACGUCCGAAACUGAUUUUAGAAAAAAUCAUAAUUGAUGGCCAUAACACCGUAUUGUUGAAUUAUCAAGCACACGUUAGAUGUGUUGAGAAAAGAUGUAGUUUUAGCUGGUGCCAUCACCAUAGUAGCGGCCGAAAAGGCUCAUGGGUAGGCUACUGUAGUAUUUACUCAUGUAUUUGACACACCAAAACGAUGAAAAAUCUGUAUUGCUCAGAAAAAGUGAUUACCGUAGCACAACUCUGCAGUCUCGUUAAAUAAUAAGGAUUGUCCACUGACAAUGGUUUAUAAUGGCGAUCAUCCUGCAGAAUAUUAAGAAAAUAAAAAAGGAUAAGCAUCUCCUGAUUAAAUGUUGAGUAAAGUCGCGCGCUUAAGUGUAAUAAAUGAAUGACAAAUAAAGUAAAACAAUACAGCUCCCGGGUGCCAGAAAACAAACCGCAAUGUAAGCAAUAUACUAUAGCAAUACGUCAUGAUCUAUGCGAAAGAAAAUAACGUUAGGACAAAAAACGUAGUGUAGGUGUUGUGCCGAAAACGGACCCCCUGCCAUCUGACUCCCCCUCGCGAGCGUGCGCUUGACGCCGCUCGAUGAUUCUGGUGCGAUUGGUUUAGUUUACGUCUGUCUAGUAAAAAGAUAUUUAAAAUAAUUGUUUUCCUUUAAUCGUUGCAAAAAUUUAUCGAAGGAUUAGACAGAGUGUAAAAUACUAUCUGUUUUAAUGACGACUAAACUCAGUUAUAUUUCACAUAUGAACUGUCGCUCUGCUUACUAGCGUUGAUUGCAGACUGCUGUGCAUUGUUGUAUGUACGGUGUGUUUUGUACUGUCAUUUAAGUGGGCUGCGUGUUGACAGAAUUCAGGGGGUAAAUUAUAAAUAAAGUCUCAUUAAACUUAUUUGACGUUCGCUAUUAAUUAUUAACAUUGCGAUGUUGUUGUAUUAUAUCAACACGUCAUUACACCUUAAAUGUGAAUACCACUAAUAAAAUGUCUGUUAUUGACCUGUGUUAUUUUACACCUGAAAUUUGUGUACACGCAACAAGUUACCUUCGUAAAUUAUACAUUAGACAGAAAGUUACACAUUCUUAAAGAUAAUAAGGAUGCAGAUAACUCUGACAAUGGAAAAGAAUUAAAUAAAAUUCUAAAUGAGUGCUAUGUCUGUAAAUAGCAUACUUGCAGAUUUUCUAAAUGGUUAAAGAUAAUCCUGUUCCAUGCAGAAAGAUUUAAUUUAACCACUUACCUGUCACUCCACCCUUUUGAGUGGGGGGGGGGGGGUGAAAAGUUGAUGUGCAGCUUUAAAUUAAUAUAACUCUGGCAUUUUUUGGUCUAAAAGCCUAAUCUUGGUCUUGUUUUAAAGAAGACAAUGUAAGGUUUUUCACUGAUGUUUCUGGAGGUGAAAAUAUUUAACAGAAAAAUUGUUAUAGCAGUUUAAAUUUAUUUUAAUAAUUAAAAAUAAUGCAAUAACAUAUUAAUUUGAUAAAUAAAAUUAUAAAAAUGAAAAUGUUUCACAAAAGUAAUAAUGUAAACAUGAUGCCAUAUGUCUCAAACAGUUGUGAUCCAAAUUUUAAGUUAAAAUCACAAAAAAUGAGGUUUGUGUCACAGUUUUAGUGGUUUUACCAACAACGGCCACUAGGUGUCAACGGUUUGCUGAAUUCUCUUGUCACAAAUUCAUAAAAUACUGUCACUGCAUUAUUAUAACUGCUAAAACGUUUUGAAAAGUGAAAACUACAUUCUUAGAGCUUUCCAAUGAUAUAUAAUUUGUCAAUAUUUCUGUAGAUUUAUACCAGGAUAUAGUGUUAUGAAUAUAUAAAAUGAAUAUGCAUUCCUAUGGGGGGUGGGGUCAUGUAACUAAAAACUGUCACUACCUUAUUUCUAUCAUCAGAUGACCUUGAAAUAUGAAAACCACUUUCUGAGAGCUUUCCAGUGAUAUAUAGUUUAUCAAGAUUUUUUGGGUUUAGAGUAGGGGUUUAGUGUUAGAAAUAUGUAAAAAACAAAUUGGGCCUACAUGUUGGCCUGUGGCCUUUUAGAAAUUGACUCUCACUACGUCAUUUCUUUCCCAAAAUGUUGAUGAAAUAUGAAAACUACACUCUAAGAGCUUUCCAAAGAUAUAUAGUUUGUCAAGAUUUGUAGGUGUAGGAUAGGGUAUUAGUGUUAUAAAUUUGUAAAAACAAUGUGGGCCCGCUUGAGGGCCCGUGACCUUUUAGAAAAUGACUCCCACUAUUUCAAUCUUUUCCCAAAAUGAUGAUGACAGAUGUAAACUACACUCUAAGAGCUUUCCAUUGAUAUACAGUUUGUCAUGAUUGGAUAAGAAUAUAUAUGCAAAACACUGAAGUAAUUGUAGGCAUCCCACCGGUGGGACAGUGAUUUAGCAGGACAUAAAUGUUUUGAAGCACACUCUCUUCAUAAAUUAAUCAAUUACUCUCCCUACAUAAUUUAUUUUAUAAAACACUGCUGAAAUAUGUAUUCUAUUUCUUAGAGGCUUAGACCUUUCCAAAAAUAUAUAGUUUCUCAUGAUUCAAUAAACAUUUACAUCCAAAAUAUUGAAGUAAACCUAGGUGUUCCUCUACAGGAACAGUGACAGUUAUUUCUAUUGUACUAUAUUUAUUAUUUACUCUGAUAGAAUAGGUGCAAUAUAAACCAGUUGUUUCAAUUGAACAUUUCCAAUGGUUAAACUGUGUGUAACAAUGUUUAAUGAAUAUUGGUUUUGUAAGUCACUGGAGGAAGUCCCUACCAAAUGAGUAAAUGUCAAUGCUUAUAUUGCUUUUCUUGCCAGUGCAUUUACCCCUGCCAUAGCUAACACACUGUAAUAUCCCUUAUGAUGAACUAUAACAGGAUGUUUUUAAGGGGGGGACUAUACUGUAGUUUCAGCAGUGUUAACAGGACAUCUGCAGACUUUAUACUGCCCUCAGCUUAACAAACAACACUUUGCUGUUGACAGUUUGGGGUGUGGAGUCUGAGCCUCUGGUUCCAUAAAGAACACAUGUAAUGCCAAAAUCAUACUUACCUACAUUAAAGGCUUAUUGUUAUGAGUUGUAUGGGUCUCUGAUGUUGCAAACCUCAGAAACGACCAAGGCAACUUCUGUUCAAUAACGUACUCCCCUGCAUUAAAUGCUUCCUAUUGAAUCUAAACACUUGUGGUUUUUUGCAGGUGUUCUACAAUAUGAGAUGUGUCACCAGAAUGAGUUUUUUCCUUUUCCCCCACUUACCACACAGAUAAAUUCAAUACUAAAGUGGAUUUAUUUAGAUUUUAUCGCAGUCUCCAUCUUAAAGCUUGGUACCAUCAUUAUAGCCAAAGAAGUGUUUCCACUGUCCAAAGCUCCCCUUUCAGACCAAAAUCCCAUUUUAUGCCCCCAGUUUCUAAUCCCACUCUGAAGGCCUUUACAAAAAAGGUGGAUUAUGAAAUUGAAGAAUUGUUUUAGAUAUCUGUUCAAAAAACUAGGGAGAAUUUGACUAAAUCUGAAAAGUUGACUAUUGACUAUUUAGAAAAAAUGUGUCUAUAAUUAUUAAACCAGCUGAUAAAGGAGGAGCAGUUGUGGUUCUGGAUAAAGAGCAAUAUAUUGAAGAAGCUUUACGACAGUUGAACAACUCGCAGUUCUAUGAAAAAUUGUCUUCCAAUCCAAUUGACAGCACUAAAGAGAGAUUGAAGGAAUUGUUGUCCACAGCUAAGGAGGCCGGACGGAUUUCAAAACAAGAACAUGAUUUCCUAUUGGUUGCCCAUCCUCGAAUACCUACAUUCUAUAUGCUUCCAAAAGUCUCUUGAUUCAAGAUUCAAGUCUCUUAAAGAGCCACCAAAAUGACCACAAAAAAGUGUAUAUAUUUAUUGUUGUGGUCUACCACAAUACUGUUGUUUGAAUUAAAGUAAAAAAACGCAUUAUUUUUCUCAUAAUAUAGAUAUUUGCAACAUCUCUCUCUAAAACGCUUGAUUGCAGGGCGUCUCUUCAAAGCCCCACCCCCACAAACUCCAAGUAUACCCUGAUUGGUCAGGGAUUCUAAACGAUUGUGAUUGGUCAAACCUUGUAGCGUUCGAAAUGGCCAUUACCAUAAUCGGGUUUCGGUUUCUCAUGCGUGUACAGAUAAUCAAACACAAUGAUCUCUGUAAACUGCCUCUAGUAGGCUAUUGCAUCGGUAUUGCCUUGCAGUUUGAGCCUGAAUCAGAUUCAGAGAGUUUGCAGAAAUAAACAAAUCUAACAGAUACUCCUUCCCAAGGACGAAUUGAGCAGGAUGCUUCACAAUGCUAAAUUUGUAACAACCUUACACUUCGGAUCAGUGGUGUAGUCUAGAUUUUUGUAGUGAGUAUACUGUGAUUUUUCCCUCUCACCCUUAUGCUCACUCGUCCUAGCGCAACACCUCAUAAGCACCACAACACUCACAGAUGCAUACAGUAUAGAUAUUCAUGUAAUUAAAAGCAUUCUGAAAGUGUACUCAUAAACACAUCAACUGAACGUGUUAUCAACAUGUCAGUUUAUUAUAAGAAAAAAAGACUUUAACAGCCAAUGGGUUUACAGCUGGGGAAACUGGACUGAUUUUUAGACUGGUUUAGUGUUAAUCAACAUCUAACUCAGGGACAAAAGUUAUUUAACUGUUAAUUAAAAUUAAAUAAAUCUUCAAUCUGUGGCUAACACAUGCAUUAAAGGAGAAAAAAUAUUCAAUUCUUUCAAUAGCUAUUAUCUGACAACUAUUGAUAACAUUACCAUGUGUAAUUUAAUGGUGUAAAUGUUUUUAAUUAAUACACAUUUAAGAUGACCAUGAAUUAACUCUAAUUUGCAUAGUCAUUGAUAUAAAAGCUUAUUUUUGCAUACAAUAUAAGCAUUGUCUAAAAAUGAAAAUAGGCUUAUACAUAAUUAUUAUUACAAGACCAUCAUGUAGCCAAAUAUUAGACACCCAAACCAAACAGAAGUUUAAGAUCAUAUACAUCUUGAACGUAAAUGAACACAGAGAAGGGAAGUUUAACACUGUGAAGCACAAGCAAACAUGCAGAGGAACUGAAGGCAGCUAAAAACCAUCAGGGUAUAAUCACGGGCUUAUUUUAUUGCAUUUGGAGCCUUACCUCCAGAUAAAGUAAUAAAUUGGACUGAUGAUUUAAAUGUUGUUUACUCACAUGUGCGUUGUAAACUCUAUGGAUUUUAUGUUGCAGCACUCGUUCACUUCUCUGGACUGUUUGUUUACAGUGUCGCGUGAGCAGCUACACUGUAGGUUCGACUUCAUUUGGCGCUAAGCAGACCUUUUGGUGAUGUCAAAGUACCGCGAGAGCGAUUCAAAGCAGAUUUCUCCAUGUGAUAACUGGAGUCUCUCUCGCGGUACUUUGCUGUCACUCGCCAGUCUGCUCCCCAGUUACUUUCGCGUCACUAUAGUAAUCUGAUUUCAUAGAAAUUCAUACGCCGAUCGGAUCGCGCAGUUUGGCAUGAAGUAUAUAGCCUAAUAUGUAUUUCAACCCGCUAAAGUAGCAAGUGUAGCAUGCUAAUGGUCAAUGCUUCACAUUAUGACUAAACUUUAAAAAUGUCACAAAACCAUGCUGUUACGCAUCCUCGCGCUAUUUUUAGUGGGUAUACGGAAAUCCUUGACAAUUUCUAGUGGGUAUACGGCGUAUACCUGCGUAUCACGUAGACUACACCACUGCUUCGGAUGUAUUGUGGCUGCAACAACAGGAUCACGAAAAUUCAGACCUCUGUAAUUUUUCCAUAUUUAGAAAUAAAGGUAAACCCCCUGAAUAAAUAAUCAGUGUAUUACAAUUCUUCAUUUAAGUGUCUGCAUAGAUAUUUAGUGUCUGUAAUGUAAAACCGCUUUAUGUCACAGCGGGGCUUUUUAGACAGAGUGAGAGCACAGGUGCAGCAGUCUGAUUGUGGCCACUUGUUGUAAUUUUCGGUGAAGCUCUGUUGUGUAGCCUACUGAAGAGAACUGGACUAGUUGUCUGUCACAUAAUAACCUGUUACUUUCGUUCAAUGUGUAAAAGCAUGAAGGCAACCCUUGCCGCAGAAUUGCUUUAAAAUAAUAAUCACAGUCGAUGUCCAGACACCAAACAUCUGCGCUAAAAUAAAAUACCAUACACGCGUUCUCCGCAGCGCAGACCAAACUCUCUCGUGUAAACACACUACAUUUAUCUGAGUGUUGCGCAUGGGAUUUAACACAACGUGCAGAUAGUUUCGCGCCUACUUCUGUUGUGCAACGUCAAGUUUAUUAUGAAAGUAGCCAAAUACUUUCUUGCAAAACGCGCAGUGAAUACAAAAUAUUUUUUACUCUCUUUGAAUAGACAAUCUAUCUAUAAAUAAGUAUGAAUAUAUGUAUAAACAUGCCUGUUUGAAAUAUGGAUCCAGAAAGAUCGCUGUCUACCAAUUCAGCACCAUUCCCAUGGACAGCAGCCGCUAACAUCGUAAGUAAUAAAGGUUUUAAAGUCUUCAUAGCACGCUAUGUUUAAUUAAAACAACGUUAUUGAGAAACACAGCACUGUGUAUAAAUGUAAGAGGUGUUAUGAGGUUUAUAGAAGCUCCGUCUCUCUCCACUUACUACUCACACUUUUACCGCGGCACGGCUCUUGUCAAAUGAGCUUGUAUAAGCGAGAACUGCUUUAUUCGUUUUAUACACUGAAUAAAAUGAAUUGUUUAUGCAUUUGCUUGUCGAUUUAGAGCUAUACAGGUUUAAACAGCGGUUGAGUUUAGAGACAUACAGUAGGCUACAGUACGUUAACAGGCUUCAUUUAACGUGCACGCACAAGAGACGAUCUGUCCUCUGAAGUUUACAAGUUUACAAUGUAACACUACACUGCAUGAUUUGAAACAAUUACAUUGUAACAUUGUAUAGUUUUGUAUGAUUUACUGAAUUAUCCACACAACAUGGCGCAAAUACGCUGAAAAAUUCACAUAUACUUGUAUGAUGUCAGUUUAUUUAAUUAUUUUUAACUAUUUGUUAUGUUUUCCACAGCACUGCGAUCGUACACAACUAAUAAAUAUACACAUAAUAAUGUACACUGGUUGUGAUCCUAAAGCACGAGGUAACAAAUUAGGAACAGAUUAAUCCUUUAGGUGCAAACGUUGCACAAAUCCAGCCUUGACCUCUACAUGUUUAAGGAAGCAGUGAUCACAAAAAUAACGAGAGUAGAAAUAUAGUUUCUUGUUACAGUGCGAAUGAGUGCAUUGCAACUGUUUAUUGCAUAAACUGUAACCACUAGUUCACUUACUCUUCAUACUGUACAAUUUUAUUUUAUCCUCACAUAAAAAACAGCUUCUUCUAGACAUACUGAAAUCAAUAACUCCGCAAUACCGUUAGCAAACAGACUUGGGCUAUUUAACAAAUCAGGUCUCUUUGACAACAGCAAGUGGGCGGCUAUAAGCAGCUAGUGGGCGGGCAUUAUUCAAAUGCACACGUCCACGUCAUCAGGUCACGGAAAUAACUGUAGAACUACAUCUCAAGCGUUUACUGUAGUACAUUAAAAAUACCUUCGGUUAAAGGGAAUAUCUUCCUUUAAAUUGGACUGUGAGCUUUGUAACUCUGCACAUCCCUUUUAUACGGUGGCCGAGAAGUGCGAAACAACAUUACAAUGUGUGAAACACUUUUACGAACCUCGAGACAAAUUUACAUUUUGGAAAACAUUUUUACGUAUCAUAAAACACAUUUACAUUGGGGAAAACACUAUUACCAAGGACGAAACAAAUUUACAUUUUAGAAAACAAAUUAACAAGACGCAAAACAGUUUUACCAGUCCCGAAACAAAUUUACAAUGACAGAUUCUAGCGGAAAGGGAAUGUACCACUCACCGGAACUGACGCUAUACCCACACACCGGAAGUGACGCGGUGAGGUUGUGUUGUUGGUGGUAAGCGGCAAAUUCGGUUUGUGGUGGAGUAAAUAGCGAAAACAAUUUAGUUGGCGUACAGGUAGGACUGCGGCCGAGGUAUGUUUUGUCCGUUUUGUGGCAAACACAUGAGCACCGUAACGCGGUUUUGCUUCAAGUGUGGUCGGUCUUUAGAGUUUAUGAACGACAUGGACCAGACGGAAACACCGGGGACAUCUCGACAGACGGACAGUGCUAAGCAAACAGAACAACAACCAUGCCCAUCAUACAAACAGUUCAUGAAGUACAGAAGCUCAAAGUCAAAAGAACGGCAGUCUUUUAACUAUGGGCCAAAAGGAAGGUUUAAGCCUAAAGAAAGAAAACACGUCCAGAUAAAUGUAGGACUGAUGGUGCCACAUGAAACUGAUGGAACCGAUUUAAAACCUCUAAGAGGGAAAACACUCCCGUUAUUUACAGACCCGGAGGUAGCAGCACCUGAUCUACUGAAACAAGCUGUAACGAAAAUGAGAACAUUUAACAAGGACAUGCACGAAGGACCAUACGUCCUUUUGUAUCCAGAUUGCUCAGAGGUGGUCCAUGUGCCUGGGUCAGAAAGGCCAUUCAAAUUGGCAGAAUAUAAAAAGGAAAUAGGAAAGGCAUAUUCCAGGAGCACUUUUUUCAUUUGCCUGGAAAAACAAUAUAAAAGAGUGGAUGAUACUACAGACUCUGAUUCUGAUUCUGAAAUUGUCAUCACAACAAGGAGCACAGCUGAAUUCAAUCGAGCUGACACUUUGGUUUUUGAACCACAAAAUCGAAGUACUCCCAAACUCAAACUGGAAGAUGAAAGAGAUGCACCAGGACAUUCAUCAACAGUUCAGUCAGGACAGAUAGUAAUAUCUGAUGCUGAGGAUCUGGAUCCACCUGAAGAAAAUCCAGAAAAAACUUCUUGCUACAGUAAAUACACAGACCUGUAUUCACCAAAUGUUGAGCAAGAGGACGAAGAGCUGGUUGCUGUCAGUGUGAAGAAUUCUCAACACACAGUAAUGGAUGAGACAGGUAUUACAUUACCUGACAUUGUAGCAAACCUGGCACUUCCUAUUGAUCACAAAAAAGUCAGUCUGUUCAACAUCUCAAGGGCUAAUGUAUGGGAUGGGGCAGUCAGAGGUUUCAAGCGUACAACAUAUUCUGAAACCUGUGACAUUCUUGUCAAAUUUACUGAUGAUAUUGGUGCUUUGGAAGAGGCAAUUGACAUUGGUGGUCCAAGAAGAGAGUUUUUAACUCUACUAAUGAAACAUCUAAAAGACCGGCCCAUUUUUGAUGGACCAGAAGGACAUCGAUUCUUGGUCUACAAUGCAAAUGCUGUUAGGGAGGAUGAAUACUACCUGGCAGGAAAGAUGAUUGCUGUGUCAGUUGUGCAUGGAGGUCCAGGACCCCAUUUCCUGUUGAAAGAUCUUGUACAUUAUCUUGCAGGCCAGCCUUCAUUCAAAGCACCAAUUAAUUUAAUUACUGAUGAAGAAAUAAGGAAAGCUUUGCAAGAGAUUGAGAAUGCUGCUUCAUUGAAUGCUCUGCGCGAAUGUAUGAUGACACACAGCACAAUGUUACAGACAGCAGGUUGUCUGAGACAUGUGGCUACUGUGGAAGAAAAGAGAGAAAUUGUUUCUGACUACCUCCAGUGGUAUAUUAUUGACCGUAACUCAUCUGUAAUUGACAGAUUCAGGGAGGGUCUUUCAACCCUGAAGUUUUUGAAUGCACUACAGCAAUACCCUACUUUGCUGGCCCCUGUCCUGUGCCACUCUGAAAAGCAACUCACUGCUUCUGAUCUGGAGAUGCUCUUUAAACCUGACCUCAGUCCUUCUGGAAGCAGUCGAAGACUUAAAGAAAAUAAAACCAUGGGCUACUGGGCAGACUAUCUCCUUGAUUGUGAAGAAGGCCAGGCUGCUGUGUCGGUGGAAGAUGUUUUGAUGUUUGCUACUGGGCUGUCUUCGCUUCCCCCAUCUGGCUUGGAACCACUGCCACAAAUAGAGUUCCUCGAUCACUCUGUGUUCCCUAUGGCAAAUACAUGCGCAAACUCCUUGAAAUUACCACUCCUGGACUCAUACACUUUGUUUAAGUCACAAAUGGACUUUGGAAUUCAAAAUAGUCCAGGAUUUGGCUGUUUUUAAGCUAAAUUAUGGAUAAACCUUAAGACUCUCAAAAGGUUGUUGUUAAAGGGACAGUUCACCGAAAAAUGAAAGUUCUGUCAUUUACUCACUCUCAUGCUGUUACAAAUC